UUUCGCGUAUUUUCGCUGGCGGUGCAGCGCCCUCUGCCAGUUGUCACUUGUCAACUUGUUGCGCAUCUGUCAUUGCCCUAACCUCCAACUUUAUUUAUUUUCACUGCAAAUAUGAGUCAUGGCUAAAUUUCCGAAUUUCCUAAUAAUCGCGGUUUUGUUAUCAGCGGUAAAGUGUACGGACGUUGGUGCAUGUUUGAGCGAAAAUCCGUGCGUCUGCGACAUCGACGAAUACAACAAAAUCGACUUGACGCAAGUGGCGCAACAGCUCAAAGACGACGAAUUCCUCGAAGACUUCGACGGCGCCGGCAACAGCGUCUAUUUCCGGGGUUGCAAAGAUGGGACUUUCAACGCCACGGCGCGCAAGUUGCACGUGAACAGCACGAAUCCGGUGUUCUCGGGAUCGCUGAUGAUAGUCAACACCACGUACGUGACUUUCAAUUAUACGAAUGGAACGUUUUACAACACGACGGCGUUCAAUGGGGUGCAGGUGGGGAAGAGUGCACAGAUUAAGUUCACGGCGGUCGAGGGGCAGAAAAGCUCGCACCAGAUCGUGUACAAGAGCGGCGAGAAGGUCAUCGCGAGGAUCGAGUUGCUGUGUUCCGCGUACGACAAGUCGUUCAUUAAACUGAUUAAUGCAGAGGGGACUGAUCCUACGUUGACGUUUACGUCGCGAUAUGCGUGCGUGAUUACGCACCAUCCAGGCAUGAGCACGGGGUCAGUGUUCCUGCUGAUAUUUUUUAUUUCUGUGGUAGUUUAUCUUGUCGGAGGUUGCCUAAUAUUGUACUUUAUACGGGGAGCGAGGGGGCUGGAAAUGAUCCCCAAUAUUGACUUCUGGAGGAGUUUGCCAGGACUGAUGAAAGAUGGCAUUAUUUUCCUCUUCAGUGGUUGCAGCCCAACCGCAAUCACGACCCCCGAAACCUACGAUAGAAUUUAACGUUUCUUAGGUUGUUUGACUGAUUGUACUUUUGUUUGUAUAAAUUUAUAAAUAAAGUUACUUAAAUUAAA